AUGGCUGAUGAUGCGGCCAGAAAGCUGCAGUUCGAGUACAAGAUCAAUUCGAACCUUGUGCUAUCAACGGAUCGAUCACUCAUCGACAGGCGUCCAAGAGAUGAGUCUACCGGGGAGGUGCUGAGUUUAGCUGGAAAAAUUCGUGUUCAAGAAAUGGGAUAUAAAUCACAAAGGACAAAACCACCUAUGCUGCAAGAGAAGCGGGCAAAACGUCAAAAACGUGACGAAUCUCAGCAAGAUGCUUUAAAAUUGAAAGGAACUAGCUUGCUGAACGACGAUUUUAAUGACAUAGCAGGAAUCAUGUACCAUCCUAAGACACCAGAUACCCGGAAAACCUACGAAUACAUUCUUCACUGUAUUCAAGAGGCUUUAGGUGACCAGUCACGUGAAAUCUUAUGCGGAGCAGCAGAUGAAGUUAUUGCUACUUCCAAAAAUACUCAUUUGAAAGAUAAGGAGAAAAGAAAGGAAACAGAAUCCUUGUUAGGUCCGCUUGUUGACGAAAGGUAUAACAUUAUUGUCAACCUUUGCAAGAAAAUCACAGAUUGGAAAGAAGAAGAACCUAGUUCUACUGCGGUCGCCAAUUCAAAUGAUAAUAUUGACCAAACUUACGGCGUGAAUGUUCAGUUUGAAGAAUCAGAUCAAGAGGAUGAAGAAGAUGCUUUUGGGGAGGUCAAAGAAGAUGAUGAAGAUGAACCAGAUGGAGAAGAGGCUGUCGUAGAGAUGACAUUACAGUCUCGUAAAAAUGACUCAGCUAUUACUGCUCAUCAAAAUGCUGAAAAUUUACAUCCUCGAGAUAUUGAUGCAUUUUGGUUGCAACGUAACCUUGCGAAACAUUGUAAAGAUCCAAUACUUGCUCAAGCAAAAGCUCGUGAAUGUUUAGAAAUUCUCCAGUCGGCUGCUGAUGAUAGAGAUCUAGAAAAUCGUUUAGUUCGUGCUCUUGGUUAUGAACAGUUUGAUUUUGUUAAAAUUUUACGCAAACAUAGACUUAUGGUUUUACAUUGUAUCCUAUUAGCACAAGCACAAACAGUUCAAGAACGUAGUCAAAUGGAGGCGAAAAUGCGUAGUGAUCCUACAUUAGCCAAAGUAUUGCAUGAAUUAAGAGAAACAGAGAAUUCUGCUGAUUUAGUCGCUGAAGAACGUCAAAGAAAAAAUGUUCAACGUGUUGUUCGUGUUCAAGCUGAUAUGGAACAUGAAAAUAUGAAUGAUGAAGGAUUUCAACUAUCGGAAGAUGGUGCUAUCGGUGUUGCUAAUAUCGUCGACUUAGAAGGUUUGGCAUUUUCACAAGGAGGACAUUUAAUGGCUAAUAAACGAUGUCAAUUACCGGAUGGUUCAUUUCGUAAACAGAAAAAAGGUUACGAGGAAGUUCACGUACCACCUUUACGUCAAAAACCAUUAGAACCAGGUGAAACUUUAAUCAAAAUUGAAAAAUUACCUGCAUAUGCACAAGCUGCUUUUGAAGGUUGUAAAACGCUGAACUUGAUACAAAGUCGAUUAUAUCAUGCUGCUAUGGAGACAGAUGAAAAUCUGUUGUUAUGUGCUCCUACCGGUGCAGGUAAAACAAAUGUUGCUUUAUUAUGUAUUAUGCAUGAACUUGGCAAAUUUAUUAAUCCUGAUGGUACUAUUAAUAAAGAUGAAUUUAAAUUAAUUUACAUUGCACCUAUGCGAUCUCUUGUACAAGAAGUUGUCGGUAAUUUUAAUAAGGUUUAUAGUCCAGAAAAAGGUCGUUGGACAGAAUUGGGCGCAUUAGAUGUUAUGCAAAUGCUUGGUCGUGCUGGUCGACCACAAUAUGAUACAAAAGGUGAAGGUAUCCUGAUUACCAAUCAUACAGAAUUACAAUAUUAUUUAAGUUUAAUGAAUCAACAACUUCCAAUUGAAAGUCAAUUUGUAUCACGUCUAGCUGAUCUGUUGAAUGCUGAAAUUGUUUUAGGCACAGUGACAACUAUACGUGAAGCAGUUACAUGGUUAGGUUAUACUUACCUAUACAUUCGUAUGCUUCGUAAUCCUAGUCUAUAUGGUGUACCACAAGGUAGUGAAAAAGAUGAUCCAUGGCUUGAACAAUAUCGUCGUGAUUUAGUGCAUACAGCAGCUAUCGAGCUGGAACGUUCACAAUUAAUUCGUUAUGAUCGACGUUCUGGUUGUUUACAAUCCACCGAGCUUGGUCGAAUUGCAUCUCAUUAUUAUUUAACACAUACAACUGUACUAUCAUAUAAUAAAUUAUUACGUCCAGGUUUAGGUGAAAUUGAAUUAUUCCGCGUAUUUGCUGCUAGCUCAGAAUUUAAACAUAUGUCUGUACGUCAAGAAGAACGUUUUGAAUUAGCUAAACUCCUUGAACGUGUACCAAUACCAAUAAAAGAAUCGCCAGAAGAACCAUCAGCUAAAAUUAAUUGUUUAUUACAAGCAUAUAUAUCCGGAUUGAAAUUAGAAGGAUUCUCUUUAAUGUCCGAUAUGGUUUAUAUUACUCAAUCAGCUGGUCGUCUUGUACGUGCAAUCUUUGAAAUUGUUCUACAUCGUGGUUGGGCUGAAUUAGCUGACAAUGCGUUGACUUUAGCUAAAAUGAUUGAACGUCGUAUGUGGGAAUCUAUGUGUCCAUUGCGUCAAUUUAAAAAAUUACCUGAUGAAGUGAUCAGGAAAUUAGAGAAAAAAUCAAUACCAUUCGAUCGUUUAUACGAUAUGAAUCAUCAUGAAUUAGGUGAAUUAGUACGUUUGCCUAAAUUAGGUCGACCAUUGCAUAAGUAUUUGCAUCAAUUGCCACGUCUAGAAAUGAGUGUCCAUGUACAACCGAUCACUAGAUCAGCAUUACGUGUUGAAUUAACACUGACACCGGAUUUUAUAUGGGAUGAAAAAGUCCACUCGACCAAUCAAGCAUUUUGGAUAUUUGUUGAAGAUGUGGAUGGUAAUAGUGUAUUGCAUCAUGAAUUUUUUGUAUUGAAACAACGUUAUGCAACAGAAGAGCAUAUUUUACGUUUUGUCCUGCCUAUAUUUGAUCCUUUGCCACCGCAUUAUUACAUUACUGCUGUGUCGGAUCGUUGGAUCGGUGGUGAAGUUACUUUACCAGUAUCAUUUCGACAUUUAAUUCUACCAGAGAAAACUAUACCACCUACGGAAUUGUUAGAUUUACAACCAUUACCAGUGACUGCAUUAAGAAAUAAAGAAUUUGAGGCGUUAUACACAGAUCGGAUUAAAGUAUUUAAUCCUAUACAAACACAAGUUUUCAAUUCAUUAUAUAAUUCCGAUGAAAAUGUCCUUAUAGCAGCUCCAACUGGAAGCGGUAAAACAGUUUGUGCUGAAUUGGCAAUAUUUCGUCUUAUAACAACACAUCAGAGUAUGAGUAGUAGUAGUAAUACAACAAAUCAAACAGAUUCUUCUAGUACAAUAGCUAAUUUCCGUUGUAUUUACGUGUUGCCACCACAUGAAGAACAAGUGGAACAACGUUAUAUCGAUUGGGCAAGUCGAUUUGGUGAGAAAUUAGGUAAACGUGUUGUACGUUUGACUGGAGAAACUUCGGUAGAUUUGAAAUUAUUAGCUCGUGGAAAUAUUAUAGUUACUACACCAGAACAUUGGGAUGUAUUAUCGAGAAGAUGGAAACAACGUAAAAAUGUACAAAAUGUCAAUUUAUUCAUUGCAGACAAUUUACAUUUAGUUGGUUCUGAAGGUGGUUCCGUCCUGGAAGUAGUCUGUUCAAGAAUGCGUUACAUCAGUAGUCAGGUGGAUAAUCCAAUUCGUAUCAUCGGUUUAUCGCAUAGUCUUACCAAUGGUCGUGAUAUAGCCAGUUGGCUUGGUUGUACAUCUGGAGCAACCUACAAUUUUCCACCGACUACAAGACCUAUUCCAUUAGAAUUAACUAUUAUGCCAUUUAAUAUUCCACAUCAAGCAUCACGUUUGUUAGCAAUGACUAAACCUGUUUAUCAACUGAUUACACGACUUGCAUUUACACCCAGUCCAGUUGGUAGUUUACAACAUUCACAACGUAAACCAACUUUAGUUUAUGUGCCAACUAGACGUCAAGCACAAAAAACCGCUCUCGAUUUAAUCACCAUGUUCGCUAUCAAUAAUAAUAAUAAUAAUACAACCUCAUCAAAAUUUCAAGCAAUCUCUGGUCAUUUAGAAGAAGCGUUAUCACGUGCUGCUGAUCAAUUAGCCGAUAAAACAUUAGCUGAAGUUAUUCGUCAUGGUGGCGGUGUCGCCUAUUUACAUGAAGCCAUCUCUAAACCGGAUCGUCGAUUAAUUGAAGUACUAUUUGCUGCAGGUGCAUUACAUACUCUCAUUGUAUCACGUGCUUUGAUAUGGGCUGCAGCUUCACCGAACCCGCUGUCAGCUUAUCUUGUCACUAUAAUGGAUACACAAGAUUAUAAUGGUAAAAUACAUGCCUACGAAGAUUAUCCAAUUGUUGAUUUAAUUGAAAUGCUCGGACAUGCAAAUCGUCCAACGAUUGAUAAUGAUGCUAAAGUAGUGGUAUUAUGUCAAACUGGGAAAAAAGAAUUUUUGAAAAAAUUCUUACAUGAUCCAUUACCAGUGGAAUCACAUUUAGAUCAUGCAUUGCAUGAUCAUUUCAAUGCAGAGAUUGUUACAAAAACUAUUGAAAAUAAACAAGAUGCUGUAGAUUAUUUAACAUGGACAUUUUUAUAUCAACGUAUGACACAAAAUCCAAAUUAUUAUAAUUUACAGCCAUGUUUCACAGCUAUAAAGUUGGCAAUCCACAAUCCAAUUGUUGAUUUAAUUGAAAUGCUCGGACAUGCAAAUCGUCCAACGAUUGAUAAUGAUGCUAAAGUAGUGGUGUUAUGUCAAACAGGGAAAAAAGAAUUUUUGAAAAAAUUCUUACAUGAUCCAUUACCGGUGGAAUCACAUUUAGAUCAUGCAUUGCAUGAUCAUUUCAAUGCAGAGAUUGUUACAAAAACUAUUGAAAAUAAACAAGAUGCUGUAGAUUAUUUAACAUGGACAUUUCUAUAUCAACGUAUGACACAAAAUCCGAAUUAUUAUAAUUUACAGGGUGUAACACAUCGACAUUUAAGUGAUCAUUUAAGUGAAUUAGUUGAGACAACAUUAAAUGAUUUGGAAACAUCGAAAUGUAUUUCAAUUGAAGAUAGUAUUGAUCUAGCACCAUUAAAUCUUGGCAUGAUUUCAGCUUAUUAUUAUAUUCAAUAUAAUACAAUCGUUUGGUUGUGA